AUGAAGCUCGCUUCCCUACUCUCCGUCGGUGCCCAAAUAUGUCGACCUGGGUCUGACUGUUUCAGCAAUGCCACGAGUCGGUUUGUGGCGGGUUGGGCGGCGCCGAAGUUUGAUAUGGCGGUGGAGGUUGCUACGCAAGAGGAUGUACAGAAUACGAUCAGAUAUGCCAAUGAACAAGGGAAGCCGUUCCUUGCCGUCUCUGGAAGACAUGGCUUCACGAAGUCUUUGGGUGAGAUGAAGAAUGGUGUUGGUAUAUAUAUGAGGCAGAUGAACGAUGUGACCAUCUCGGAGGAUGGCAAGAGUGCUACUGUUGGCGGGGGAAUCACUUCGAAGGAGCUGAUUGACCAUUUGUGGGCUCGUGGCAAGCAGUCGACCACGGGAGCCUGCGAAUGUACAGGUAUUGUUUCGCCGAUGCUAGGUGGCGGCCAUGGCUUUCUAAAGGGGCGGUAUGGACUCAUGACAGAUAACUUGAUCUCCACGGACGUCGUUCUCGCCGAUGGCUCCGCCGUAACCGUAUCAGAAUCACAACACCCCGACCUAUUCUGGGCUAUGCGAGGUGCUGGACAGAACUUUGGGAUUGUCACUUCGUUCGAGUACCGGAUCCACGACCGGACUCCUAAGAACGAACUGUGGUCUUACGAUGUCAUGGCUUUCUCCACGGAUAAGCUUGAGGCUGUGUAUGAAGAGGCCGAGAGGCAGCGACAAAAGGCUCCGGUGGAACUUGGACAUUGGGGUUUCAUUAUUCCUGUGCCAGAGAUCGAUCCUUCUGUCCAUACGCUACUCUUCACAGUGUUCUACCAAGGCUCCAAAUUGCCUUCGAAAUACACAGACCCCUUUCAUGCUCUCGGACCCAUCAUGUCGACGCCGAAUGUGACCGAGUUUCCAGGCUUCUCCAAAGUCCUCGGCAUGGACCUAUCCUCCCCCGUCUGCCAACCCGGCGGCCCCUCCUACGCAGACUACCCCGUGAACCUCUCAUCCUACAACACCACCGCCCUCCGCGAAGCCGUCGACAUCCUCCAAAGCACCCCUCCGGACCUGCACUUCUCCUCCAUGCUCAUAGAAGGCUACAGCGGCGCCGCCGUCCGCGCCGUCCCAGAAGCCUCCACCGCCUACCCCGACCGCAAGCGCGGGAUCCUGAUAGGGAAUCUGAUGAACUGGCCUCGCGCCCGGACUGAUCUCGCCGAGGAGGCGAGGAGGUAUGGGAUGAGGAUUCAGGAGGCGCUUGUGAGGGGUAGUGAGGAUGGGAAGUUGCAUUCGUAUGUGAAUUAUGCGGCGGGCAAUGAGGCGCGGGAGGCGCUGUAUGGGUAUGAGCCUUGGCGGUUGGAGAAGUUGAGGGGGCUGAAGAGACGGUAUGAUCCGUAUGGGAGGUUCAAUUUUUAUUUGCCGGUUGAGGGGGAGGUGAUGGUGGAGGGGGUGGAUGGGGGGAAGAGUGAGUUGUAG